AUGCCUCUCAAGGUAGCAAUAGUCGGUGCAGGACUUGCCGGCCUCGGCGCUGCGAUCGCCAUGAAUCGCGAGGGACACGAUGUCGAGGUUUUCGAACAAUCUUCUUUCCUCCACGAAGUCGGCGCCGCGAUCCAUAUACCACCCAAUGCGACUCGUAUACUUAAGGAAUGGGGCUUUUCUCUGAAUGAUCUGGACCCUGUCCAUUGUAAACACUUGACGACCAGCAACUCUGCAGGAAACACGCUGUUUAAGGUGGUGGACACGAAGCAACUGCAGCAGGAUCUACAAACAAACGACGAGUGGCUGUUGACGCACCGGGUAGAUCUCCACAAUGCUCUGCGUAGAAAGGCAGAAGAGGGGAGCGAAGGGAAGAAGCCGAAAAUUCAUUUAUCCAGCAAGAUCAAAUCUGUAGAUCCCAACGAGGGUAUUAUCUACCUAGAGGAUGGAAGGACACAUAGGGCAGACCUGGUCAUCGGCGCCGAUGGAGUACACUCUAAAACGGUAGCUGCUGUGACAGGGGAGCCUCAACGUCGGGUCAGUACCGGCCAAAAUUGCUUCCGCUUCCUCGUCCCUGUAGACAAAAUCAUGGCCAAUCCCAUUGCCCGUCGCUUCUUUACAGAAGAGCAUGUACUCGACGGCUUACACUGCUUUGCCUCUGAAGACCGCCGACUAGUUGUGUAUCCCUGUCGUCACGGCACAUCACUCAACAUCGGAGCUAUAUAUCCAACAGACGAGGAUGAUACUGUGCCGGAAUCGUCAUGGCUUUCUGGCGGCAAGCUUGAGGAUCUACUAAAUACCUUUUCAGGAUUUUGCCCCGAGCUACUCGAGAUGUGUAGAAUGGCGGAAGACCUUAAGCUAUGGAGUCUUGCGUCACGCACACCACCAAGCACAUUCUACAAGGGCUGUUUGGUUCUCGCUGGCGAUGCAGCUCAUCCGACACUUCCACACCAGGGCCAAGGAGGAGCACAGUCAUUCGAGGAUAGUGCUGUUCUCGGAGCACUAUUUCCAAGAGAUACGACAAAAGCGCAUAUCUCUGAAAGACUGGCUAUGUACGAGCAGCUCCGAUAUCCUCGCUCAGUAACUGUUAUGUUCAUGUCAAAGGUGGCCAAUGAGAAGCGACGAGACAUGAUGGAUGAGCUGCAUCGUUAUGUUCCUGAUGCUGAAUAUCCUGAGGACCUGUUUAAGUAUUUUUGGGGAGCUUAUCCAGCUCGGGAUGCGAAGCAGUUACUGGCGCAAUCUUCGGCAACUAGGCCUAUGCCGUGA